CCUUUUUUUUCACAAAAACCCAUUUCAAGAAUCGAUCCAAUAUAUAUUUAUAUAUCAAUCAUCUAUCGAUCGAUCCAAAUUAAAGAAAAAGAAGAAGAAGAUGAAGAUGGGUUUGAUUGUAAUAAUAUUAAUAAUAUUAUUAUGUUUUGAAGUAAAGGGUAUGAUGAUGAUCGGAGCAAAUUGGGGAACUCAGGCGACUCAUCCAUUGCCGGCGACGAUGGUUUCACGAUUGUUGAAAGAUAAUGGAAUUGAAAAAGUGAAACUUUUUGAUGCAGAUUGGGGAACUUUGAAUGCUUUAAGUGGAUCGGGAAUUCAAGUUAUGGUUGGAAUUCCAAAUGAUAUGUUGAGUAAUCUUGCUACCAAUCUAACUGCUGCUCAAUUAUGGGUUGAUCGGAAUAUUUCUUUUCAUGUUUCUACCAAUAACGUCGAUAUCAGGUAUGUUGCAGUUGGAAACGAGCCUUUCUUGUCGACGUAUAAUGGCACGUACCUCCCAACAACUCUCCCCGCACUUCAAAACAUUCAAGCCGCAUUAAUAAAAUCCGGUUUAGGAAACCGAGUUAAAGUCACUUGUCCUCUAAACGCAGAUGUCUACGAAUCUUCGACAACUCUCCCUUCUACGGGCGAUUUUCGAGCUAAUAUACACGAUCUCAUGAUACAAAUUCUCGCUUUCCUAAGCCAAAAUGGAUCCCCUUUUACCGUCAAUAUCUAUCCCUUUAUAAGCCUCUACGCUGAUCCAAAUUUUCCAAUCGACUACGCCUUCUUCAAUGGUUUUCCUUCCCCAAUCAACGACAAUGGGAGGAUAUACCAAAAUGUUUUCGACGCAAAUCUCGAUACCCUUCUUUGGGCUUUGCAAAAGAACGGGUAUGGAGAUAUGCCUAUAAUCGUUGGAGAAGUUGGUUGGCCGACAGAUGGAGAUAGAAAUGCAAAUAAUCAAUAUGCUCAGAAGUUUAACCAAGGUCUAAUAUCACAUAUCUCAACCGGAACACCAUUGAGGCCAGGACCAAUUGAUGCUUACUUGUUUAGCUUAAUCGAUGAAGACGCGAAAAGCAUCCAACCUGGGAAUUUUGAACGACAUUGGGGGAUAUUUUACUUCGACGGGACACCAAAAUACCAUCUUAACCUCGGGUCUAGUACAAAAGGUGGUGGAUUGGUGGGGGCAAAAGGGGUUCAUUAUUUAUCAAAAAAGUGGUGUGUUUUAUCGGAUUCGGCUAGCCUUGAUAACCCUCUGUUGGCCGAUAGUUUGAGUUACGCGUGUAGCCGCGCAGAUUGCACAAGCCUCGGGUACGGGACCUCGUGUGGAGGAUUGGAUAUUAAAGGGAAUAUUUCUUACGCGUUUAAUAGUUAUUAUCAAGAGAAUGAUCAAAAACCGAUUGCGUGUCAGUUCCCGAAUCUUUCGGUUGUGACUACUGCUGAUCCUUCAGUUGGAACUUGCAAAUUCAAGACCAUGAUUCGAACAAGCGUCAAUAUUGGGAAGGCGGGGUCUUUAGAGGGGUCUGGUUUAAUGAUAUUUUUGCAUUUUGUAUUGUUUUAUAUUCUUCUUAUAUAGUGUUUUAUGAGAGCAUAUUUUUUUAAGUCAUAUAGAAACAUAUAUUUUUUUUUUAAAUGUUGUACAGUUAUAUACAUUUGUAUGUGAGUUGUUCAAUGUUAUUGUCAUGUGAGUUUAAUUUGAAUUUUCA